AUGGCGCGCCCACAUAACCAAGUUCUUCUUCUUGGAGACUCGCUACUGCAGCGAACAGCCGACCUGGACAAUGGCUUCUCAUUCCAGGCUCAGCUCCAAUCCAAAUGUAUUCGUCGUCUUGAUGUCAUCAACAGAGGACUCUCUGGGUGGACUACGAAAAAUGUCAAGAAGUAUUUGACCGAUAUCAUCCCGGAGCGCGAUAAUAAAACACACAAAAUCGAAUACUUGAUUAUAUUACUCGGAGCAAACGACGCUGUCUUGCCUGUUCCAGGUACGACCCAGCAUGUGCCCAUUGAUGACUACGAGAAGAACCUGGAGUAUAUUAUCAAUCAUCCACAUAUUAAGCAGCAUAAUCCGAAAAUUCUCUUGGUUACGCCGCCCCCGGUUGACGAGAUUAGAUCAGGGGAGCUUGAUAAAGCAGAUGGCUUCGAUGCAUCCAUUCGCGAGACCAACGUCAGCGCUGCAUAUUCCCAACGUGUACGGGAUAUUAGCGCUAGGUAUCCAGAUAUUAUCCUUGUAGAUCUCUGGAAGGGUAUCAUGGACAAAGCUAUCGAGCUCACACCUGAUGAUUAUACACCUGGUGGCCCAUGGCUCGGUAGUCUAGAAAACGGUAAUCGUGGAGGGCUGAGAUCCCUGAUACCUGAUGGUUUGCAUCUUAGCGGUGACGGCUACCGUGUCUUCUGGGAGCUUACCAAACCUCACAUUGGUUCGGAUUGGGUUCCUGGGGACAUGUCAGAAUGGGUGUAUCCCGCAUGGGGAAGAUUUGAUGCUGAUGGAAACAUCUAG